AACUACGCAAGAAGAAUAUUCCUAAAUCCUUUGAAUCAAACCAACCCUUUUUUCACCUUACCCUCUGACUAGGGUUUUUCUUGUUCUCUGGAGGGUUUUAUUCACACAUCAUCCCAAGAUAUUAACUGAAGCUCGAAAAGAUCAAUGGCGGCCUCUGUAAAUUUCCGGUCAACCACUCGAGGCUGAAAUGAUCCACUGACAUGCUAAGUUCUGGACAUCGAUUAUUCGAGGAGCUUUGAGUAAAAAAGAAGUGAUUUUUAAUUUUGUGGUGGGCUUGAUGGAAGCUGGGGUUGGGGUGGACGGCGGCUCCGCCACGAGGAAGUUGCUCCAGCACCACCGCGCGCGGCCGCCGCAGCAACAGCAUCAGCCGCAGAUAUCGCAGAUUGGGACGGUCCCGCAGCUCCUCGCCGGCGGCAUAGCUGGGGCUUUCAGCAAGACUUGUACUGCGCCUCUAGCUCGCCUCACCAUUCUUUUUCAGGUGCAAGGCAUGCAUUCAAACAUUUCAAGUAUGAGCAAACCUAGUAUAUGGCGUGAGGCAGCACAUAUAUUCAAUGAAGAAGGUUUUAGAGCCUUUUGGAAAGGGAAUUUGGUUACUAUAGCUCAUCGUCUUCCUUAUUCUGCCGUCAACUUUUAUUCGUAUGAACAGUACAAGAGGAUUUUAAGAUCAGUUCCAGGUCUUGAUGGGCAAGGGAAGAAUGCACAUGGAGAUGUUUUUGUGCAUUUUGUGGGUGGUGGCUUAGCUGGGAUUACAGCUGCUUCUGCCACAUAUCCUUUGGAUCUUGUUCGGACAAGACUUGCUGCACAGAGGAAUGCAAUUUACUAUCAAGGAAUAAGGCAUGCCCUUCAUACCAUCUGCAGAGAUGAAGGUUUCUUUGGCCUGUACAAAGGACUUAGAGCAACAUUAUUGGGUGUUGGACCGAGUAUAGCUAUAAGCUUUUCAGUUUACGAGAGUUUGAGAUCGUUUUGGCAUUCUCAAAGGCCCAAUGAUUCGGCAGUUUUGGUCAGCCUUGCUUGUGGCAGUCUUUCUGGCAUUGCUUCAUCAACAGCAACAUUUCCUUUGGACCUCGUGAGGCGGAGAAUGCAAUUGGAAGGUGCAGCUGGUCGAGCCCGAGUGUACAAUACUGGAAUUUUCGACGCAUUCAAACACAUUGUCCGAACAGAAGGCUUUCAUGGCUUGUACAGAGGAAUCAUGCCCGAGUACUACAAGGUUGUACCGAGUGUAGGGAUCGUUUUCAUGACUUACGAGACAUUAAAGAAGCUACUUUCACACGGCCCUUUCAGUUAGUUUGCGCACCCCUUUUUUUUUUUUUUUAGGUAGCAAA